CACUGCCUUGGCUUUGGCUCUUCCACCUCCAAUCCCCCAUCUCCACCAGUCACCAUGGGGAUGGCCAUGACCUCCUCCCCGCAACCACCACCUCCGCCGCGCCGCCGCCGCAGCCGCUUGCAGUCCGCAACCACCAUCUCCGCCCCCAAUGCCAACCCCAACCCCAACCCCAACCCCAAGGCCAAGGUCAUCCCCAUCCUCUCCGACGUCGGCCGCUUCCAGUCCACCCCCGCCGCCCCCAACGGCCGCCCUAACUCCACCCACAAGGGGGGCAAGGCCCUCCCGCUGCUCCUCGACGUCGGCAGCAACCCCUCCGCCAUCGACUACUACUCCCGCGUCGCCUCCAACCUCGCCGGCGCCGGCCGCCUCGGCGACUUCCUCAUCGCCGCCGAGGGCCUCCGCGCCGCCGCCGGGGACUCCGGCUUCGCCGCCCGCAUCAACUGGCGCCUCCUCUCGCGCGGCGUCGACGCCGCGCUCCGCGACCACGGCCUCCCCCACGUGCUCGAGUUCCUCCGCGACGCCGACCGCAUCGGCGUCCAGGCCGCCGUGAUGCUCGACCCUGAUGCGUCCGACGCCGUCGCGGCCGCAUGCCGGCAGCUGCUGGACGAGCGCAUCAUGGUGGAGUUCGUGGAGGCCAUCGAGGCGCUAGCUAGCUGUGGAUUUUUUGUUAAAAACAUUGUGGAUCCAAUGGAUGUACUGAAAAUAUUUGUCAGGAAGCGGGAUCCAGAUAUGGCGAUAAGGUAUGCACGUAUCUUUCCACACUCCCAGCUUCUACUCUGCAAUACUAUGGAAGCUUUUGGGAAAAGAAAGGAAUUGAAACAUGCCCUGAAGGUCUUUAGAGCACUCAAGGACCAGUUGGGAGGUAUCAAUAUGUUUGCAUGCCGAAGUAUCAUCGAUAUAUGCAGUCAUUGUGGUUCUUCUGUGCAGGCUCGGAUUAUAUUUGAGGGGCUGCUUGCUGAGAAGAUUACUCCAAAUACCCAUGUCUUUAACAGCCUUAUGAAUGCGAAUGCCCACAGUUUGAGCUACAAUUUUUCGGUCUACAAGCAUAUGCAAAAACUUGGUGUCCCUCCUGAUUUGGCGUCAUAUAACAUACUUCUGAAGACAUGUUGCAAUGCUAGAGAGUUCAACUUAGCACAAGAAAUUUAUGAGGAAAUUAAGAAAAAGGAACAUGGCGGGGCUUUGAAGUUAGAUGUUUUUACAUAUAGUACAAUGAUAAAGGUGUUUGCGGAGGCAAAGAUGUGGAAGAAGGCUUCCAACAUCAAAGAUGAUAUGCGAGCAGUUGGUGUUCGUCUUAACCUAGUCACGUGGUCAUCAUUAAUCAAUGCUUAUGCAAAUUCUGGUUUAGUUGAUGGCGCCAUAGAGAUCCUUGAAGAAAUGAUAAGGGAUGGCUGUCAACCUACUGCCCCAUGCUUCAAUAUUAUCCUUACUUCUUUGGUCAAGUCAUGCCAAUAUGAUAGAGCUUUCCGCUUGUUCAAUAGCUGGAGGGAAUCUGGAAUCAAAGUAUCUCUAUCUGUUGAGCAGAAAAAAUGUCUUCCGGACAACUUCACAUUCUGUGAAGAGCAUCUGAGUAAAAAUGGUGGUACUAUCUUGGUUGUUCCAUUUAGGCCAACAGUUACAACAUAUAACAUUUUGAUGAUGGCAUGUGGAACUAAUGAUGAACGUGCAAAAUCCGUAAUGAAUGAGAUGAGACGAAGCGGCCUUUGCCCCGACCGUAUUAGCUGGUCCAUUCUCAUUGAUAUUUAUGGGACGUCACAAAAUAGGAAUGGAGCUAUCCAGGCACUCAGAAGAAUGCAGCGUGUUGGAAUAAAACUUAAUGUCUCUGCAUAUACUGUAGCUAUUAAGGCAUGUGUAGAAAGUAAGGACAUGAAGAUGGCGUUCCACUUGUUUGAAGAAAUGAAAGCACAACAACUGAAGCCGAAUAUGGUGACAUACAGAACUCUCCUGACAGCACGUUGCAAAUACGGAUCAUUACAAGAAAUUCAGCAAUGCUUGGCGAUCUAUCAGGAAAUGAGAAGAGCAGGAUAUCAAGCAUAUGACUAUUAUCUAAAGGAACUGAUAGUGGAAUGGAGUGAAGGUGUUUUGUCUUCCGGCAGUGGAAAACGAGAUUUUUACCAUUUAGAUCUAAAAGAUGAGAGAAAUAAAUCAUUCAAUAUAUUUCUUGAGAAAGUGGCAAGAUUCUUGCAAAAGGAUGUUGAUCAAAACCAAACUGUUGAUGUCCGUGGGCUUUCAAAGGUUGAAGCUCGCAUAGUUGUUCUCUCAACUCUCCGCAAGAUCAAAGAGAAGUAUCUUCUAGGUACAGCAGUUCAGGAUGAUUUGGUCAUCAUCACCGGUCAUGAGAAGACAUCAUACACUGAUAUUGAAGCGACUGCUAUCGACGUCGAGCAUGCUAUAACUUCUGUUUUGACGGAUGAAUUGGGUCUUGAAGUUUUUAUUGGACCACAAAGCCACCCUCCUCUUUCAUCUAAAGUCAGAGCUCCCCAACGGCCUAGGAGACCACAGGGAAUGAUAAAAAUAACAGUCAACUCGCUGAAUCAUUGGCUUAAGAGGAAAGCUGUGAGGGAUGUAUAGUGACACCCUGGGGCAUUUCUUUGGUCAAUUUUAUACCUGCAAGAUGGAUGGUGUACAUACAGCAACAGGCUGAUUUCAGAAGGAAAAGAUUUGUUGGUGGCCAAUGUAGUCUGAUAUGGUCCAGUAUGAUACAUGAAAAAUCACACGUUUCGUAUUGUAAAUGCAUCUGCAUCAAUUCUCUCAACCGGGUAGCAUCCCAGGUUAAAAUUUUGAAGUGUCUAGAUAAUUGUUGUAAUCACCAAUGUUCCACAGAAAAUGAUAAACAUUCUGACAGAGUACAAUAAAGAACACUAGCUUUUGUUGGCUUACAAGCAA